UGGAAGAGCAGUGGAAGCCCCGGGCUCUUAAUUUCUGGACUGCUGGAUUAGUGUGGACCUCGCUGCGAUGGUGCUGCUGCAGCAGAGACGACCCUCUGCUGUCCAGGCGGCACUUUUUCUCCUCAUUCUUCUGCUGGAGCCAAGCGGGCUGCGCGGCUUCAACCUGGACACCAGUCAUGUCAUCAGGAAAGACGGCGAGCCUGGCGCUCUUUUCGGCUUCUCCCUCGCCUUGCACCAGCAAAUCAAUCCGAAUAAAGUCCUGUUGCUGAUCGGUGCCCCCAAAGCCAGAGCUUUAAAAAACCAAAGAUCCAAUUUCACUGGAGGCCUUUUUAAAUGUGAAAUCACUGAGUCUGAUAACUGUGAGCGAGUUGAAUUCGAUAACAACGAGGACCCAGACCAAGAGAGUAAAGAGGACCAGUGGAUGGGUGUGUCUGUGCAGAGUCAGGGACCAGGUGGAAAGGUUGUGACGUGUGCGCAUCGAUAUCAGAAGCGUCAUGCAGGAUCCCAGUCUGUCCUCGGGCGCUGUUACUUCUUCAGUCAGGAUUUGACCAUCGACUUGUCCUCUGAUUUGGACGGUGGUGACUGGAAACUCUGUGAGGGCAGGUUCGGAGAUACAGACCAUGAAAUGUUUGGAAUGUGUCAGCAGGGUCUGGGGGUCACCUUCACCAAGGACUACCAUUAUGUGGUGUUUGGAGCCCCAGGAGCUAAAAACUGGCAAGGGAUUGUGCAUGUGGCGCAACAAAACAAUACUUUGCUUGAGAGGGGAAUAUAUGAUGAUGGACCAUAUGAGUUUAUGGAAACUAAGCCUGUUCUCAUACCAGCCCACAGCUACCUUGGCUUCUCUCUUGACACGGGGCACAACAUCAUGAGGAGCCGCAACCUGACCGUGGUGGCUGGAGCACCGAGAGCCCAACACAAGGGAGUUGUAGUCCUGCUUAAGAAAGAAUCUGACCACCUCCUGGUGGAGCACCUUCUGAACGGGCCGGGACUGGCAUCCUCAUUUGGAUACGAUGUGGCUGUGGUUGACCUGAAUGGUGAUGGAUGGGAGGACAUUGUUGUUGGAGCCCCUCACUUCUACAUGAAGAGUACAGACAUCGGUGGAGCUGUUUAUGUUUAUAUCAAUGAAGCAGGACAGUGGGAUGGUGUCACUCCUACCCGUCUAAACGGGACCAAAGAUUCAAUGUUCGGACUGGCAGUGGAAAACAUGGGGGACGUUAAUCAGGACUCAUUUAACGAUAUUGCAGUUGGAGCUCCACAGGACGAUGAGGGAGCAGGAAAAGUCUACAUUUAUCAUGGAUCUGCACAAGGAAUCAAAACCAACCCUGCUCAGAUCCUUUCAGGUAAAGAGCACAGCAUUCGAUUAUUUGGAUAUUCUCUGGCAGGAAACAUGGACCUGGAUGGUAACUCUUACCCAGACCUGGCUGCAGGAUCUCUGUCAGAUGCAGCUUUAAUUUACAGAGCAAGGCCAGUUGUUAAUAUCAGGAAACAUGUUACAGUGUCUCCAGAGGAAAUUGACCUCAGUCUUGGCUGUGAUAACAGUUUCUGCUUCACUGUGAAAGCAUGCUUCAAAUACACAGCAAAUCCUACAUCCUACAGCCAGCGGCUCAUAAUCAGCUAUUCUAUAGAGGCAGACGGAGAACGCAGGAAACAAGGGCUGAACUCCAGAGUGAUUUUUCUGACCAAAUCUAACGCUGAGUCAGACUUCCAGUUCAAUGACAAUUUGGAGCUCAAGGACCAAAACAGAGAAAGCUGUGUCCCCAUAAAUGCUGGGCUUAAGGACAACAUUAAGGACAAGAUGCGCAGCAUUCUCAUUGAAGUUUCUGCAGAAAUUAUCGAAGCAAAAGGCAAGAAAAUAAAAAACGGUCUUCCCCCGCUAAUGCCAGUUUUAGACGCUGCUCAGCCAAGCAGAGCUGUUGCAGAGGUAAACUUUUUAAAGGAAGGAUGUAAAAAUAAAAGGAUUUGUUAUAGCAAUCUGCAAAUGGACCACAGUCUGCACUACAAACAAAUCAGCCAGGAUGCGUUCUCCCAGUUACCCACAAGUGCACACAAUGUCCCUCAGUUUGUCCUGAGUUACGAGAAGAAGGACUUGGCUCUGAAGGUGACAGUGACCAAUAAAAAUGGUGACGAUGCCUAUGAAGCAAAGCUUGUAGGGAAAUUCCCAGACGCCCUGUCGUACUCUGGAGUUCGGCCCAUAACUCAGAUCCUCUGUACUGCCAACCAGAAUGGAUCUGAAGCAGAGUGUGAGCUAGGAAACCCCUUCAAUAGAAACUCAGAGGUCACCUUUUACAUCAUCCUGAGCACAAUGGGUAUAACUCUCGACUCCACUGAGAUUGAGAUCGAUCUGCAGCUCCAAACAACCAGUUCUCAAGAUAUUUCUCCUGUGAAAGUAACGAGUGAAGUGAUAACUGAAUUUCCUUUGACAUUGAGUGGGGAAGCCAAACCCAGUCAGGUUUCUUUUGGAGGUGUUGUGAAAGCAGAAACCGCUAUGAAGACAGAAGAAGAGGCUGGUAGUUUGAUUAACUUCACGUUUAGGAUAAACAACUUGUGGAAGCCUUUGGUCCCUCCUCUCAGUGCCUCUCUACACAUUCACUGGCCCAGAUACAAUAAAGAUGGGAAAUGGCUUCUCUACCUGGUGAAGGUCACAUCUCAUGGACCUGACAACAUCAUCUGCUCCCCUCAAUCUGAAUUCCACUCUCUCAAAAACAUUUGGGAGAGCUCUCCUUCCCGUACAAAACGGGAAAAUGUCGAGAAAGAAAGAAAACUGGGCAGAAAAGUCGCCUUUCUUUCAAGCAAAAACAAAGUUUUGUCGUGUGAAAGGGAAAACAAAUGUGUGGUGCUAAAGUGCCCCCUGCAGGGGAUUGAUGGUACUGCAGUUGAGCUGAGAUCUCGUUUGUGGAACUCCACCUUUAUUGAGGACUACGCCUCCUUUCCAACCAUAGCCUUAGAUGUGAAGACUUCGCUCGUGCUUAGCUCUCAGGCCCAAAACAUUAUCCUGAAGUCUCCUGAAGUUACAGUGAGGGUCCUCGUUACCCCGGACAGCGAGGUGGCUCAGUUCGGAGUUCCCUGGUGGAUCAUUCUGAUGGCGGUUCUGGCUGGGAUCUUGAUUUUGGCCUUGAUGGUGUUUCUGUUAUGGAAGUGGGGAUUCUUCAAACGCUCCAAACAAGACGACAGCGUACCUCGCCACCACGCGGUGCGGGUUGAGAAGGAAACUCCAGGUUAUGUCGAUGGAAAAGUCGAGCCUGAAGUUUUGGAAAAGAAGCAAUGGAUGACGACAUGGAUCGACAGUGACAGUUUUCUAUGAAUGUCUUUUUCUAUCCGGAUGAUUCUGUGAAACGAAGAUGAAUUUGAGACACUGAACUUUAAUUUUUGUUGGUGUUGUGAAUAGGGUGUUUUUUCUUCUAUUUUAAAUUUGGAUUCAAGACAAUGAAUUUACACACUGUAUAAAUGAUGGGAUUUUUUUUCCAGUGCUGUAUAUAUUUAAAUAUUUCUGCACAUUUUGUAUUUAUUUUUUUAAAUGAAAAUAACAAUUCAACCAAAGCCAUUUGGAGCAAGUUUACUGGAGCUGUGCUACCUUUUUUUUUUUAAAGCCUCAAAUUAUGAAAAGAAGGUACAACUAGCUCAUUUUCUGCUAAACAUGAAUUUAAAUUCUAGAUUUCUACUUUUAUGAGUCUAGUUUGAGAACGUUCUGACAAAUGUUUGUCGUUCCUUUUUGAAACAUCUUAGUUACUCCAGGUAGGUCAAAAAUAUGAAUAAUAAAAGCAUCAUUUGUGUUCAGCUCA